UGAUUUGAUUUAAUUUGGUUUCUGGAAGUUUUCUACUUUUUCUACUUUUCCUACUUUUCUUGAUCCAUCCAUCCCUCUUGAUUUUUGGAUUGAUUUCGUGUUCAUACGUACUUCACUCGAGACAUCGUUCAUACAUACAACAAACGAGAGAAGAUCGAUGAUGAGCAAUUAACAACAGAUUGACGAUUCACAUCUCAUCACACAAUACACAAUACACUACACAUUACACAUUACACACUACACCAUUCACGCAUAUCAUCGGCCUCCUCCGCAGCUCAUUCAUUCAGCCUGAUAACCAAAUCCCCAUCUCAUCUCGUCUCGUCUCAUCUCACCCCUCUACCCGCUAAAACAAUCCACUUCCAUAAAUACUCAACCUCACCCCAAGGUCGCGAGGGUCGGAAGCGCAUUCCACCCACCUCGAUUGAAAAUUCGCGAAAAGAUUGAUAAGUUGCUGGCGGUGAACACGGCGUCGGCGAUUGGUUAUCGAGAAGAAGACGGGGAAUUGCCUUUGCCGGUUACGACGCCUAAGACGCCCAAGGAGAGGGGAAUGGGGCUGGGUAUGGCGCCGAAUAAGAUUUGGAAACAUAAGAAUGCAAAGCUAACGAACAUGCACCAAAUAGAAGAAGCAGCGCAUGAAUGCGUGUCGGAAGAAGCACUCGUGCAUUUGAAAUCGUAUAAAUAUUCGAGUGUAGAUAAGAGUUUGAUUUCGAAUUACAUUUUGAAGCAUUACUGGAAUGGCUUCGUCGAAUUAUUGCCAUUAUGGUUGGCACCAAAUAUGGUUACAUUAUUGGGAUUCUUUUUCAUCCUGAGUAAUGUUAUCUGUUUGGAGAUUUUCAUGCCGGAUUUGGUGGGGCCUGGACCAUCAUGGUUAUAUUACAGUUUCGCAUUCGGAUUAUGGAUGUAUUCAACAAUGGAUAAUGUAGAUGGAAAACAAGCUCGAAGAACCGGAACAUCUAGCGGUCUCGGUGAACUAUUCGACCACGGAAUCGAUUCUCUGAAUUGUACACUUGCAUCUCUAUGCGAAACAGCUGCUAUGGGUCUAGGUACAUCGAGAGCUGGAAUCUUUACCGCAUUGAUUCCUUGUUUGCCUAUGUUCUUUUCAACCUGGGAAACGUACCAUACACACACAUUAUACUUGGGAAUUUUCAAUGGACCAACUGAGGGAUUAAUCUUGGCUUGCACGAUUAUGAUCUUGAGUGGUUAUUAUGGACCAGAGAUUUGGACACAUCGAAUUACGGAUUUGGUCGGUCACCAUUAUUUCCUCGGAUAUCAUGAAUUUUUCGGUUCAUACUCCGUUAGAGAUUUAUGGGUCCCAAUCCUCGUUGUCUCAUUAUUCGGUAUUCAUGUUCCUUUCUGCGUUAUCAACGUAAUCAAAGCCAGAAGAAGAGACAACUUGCCUGUUUUACCGGUUUUCCUCGAAUGGACGCCUAUGGCCGUUUUUACUUUCAGUAUUGGAGCUUGGCUUUUCUCUCCAUAUUCAACCCUCAUGGAAGAAAAUCGUUUGGUACUUUUCUGUCUUACAAUGAGUUUUGUCUUUGGAAGGAUGACGACAAAGAUCAUUCUAGCACAUCUCACAAGACAACCAUUUCCUUACUGGACAGUUAUGCUUACACCACUUGUUGGUGGUGCUAUUCUUGGUAAUCUACCUCGAUUUGGUCUACCGGCUGUCAGCGUAGGAGUGGAAUUAUGGUAUUUAAGAGCAUACUUUAUUUUUGCUCUAGUGGUUUACUUUAGAUGGGCUUGGUUGGUUGUUACGAGUAUUUGUGAUUACUUGGGAAUCAACUGUUUGACAAUUCCUGAACAGAAGUUGGAGGAGAUUUAUAGAAAUCAAGAAAUGGAGAAGAGAUUAGAGAAGAGAGGAUUGGAGGUCAAUGGAAAGAGAACCCCAAGUGGAAGUGGAGCGAAGAGUCCAAUUGGAGUACCAAAUGGAAAGAGAGCUGAUUAGAGGAGUUGAGAUGUUGAGAUGUAUAGAGUACAUUCUUGAAGUAUGUGGGCUUGUGGAGGUUGGAGAAGCCAUUGGAAUGAUAGACAUGGGGGUAGAUCGUAUGUAUUUCGUGGGUAUAGCUAGGGACACGUAGAGAUUUGUUUCACUCGUGGGUAUGGUGGGUACAGGUAGAUAAUGGAUGGAUGGAUGGAUGGAUGGAUGGGUGGUGAUGAGUAACGAAUGGGUCUCUCGGACUUGACUUGAGGUCAAACAAAAAAAGGAAUGAGUUCAUGUAUGGAAGGGAUGCAUGUAGAUAUUUUAAUACGGAAAAUUCUGAAGGGAGGGGGAGCGAGUACGAGGUAGAUGGAGGAAGAAAGAGGUUAUGUUGUUAAGCAUUGCAUGGCGUUGCGAACCCUUUGUGGGUGAAGCGAAUAAGUAACUUGAUUGAAAUCCUAGUUGCAUAUUGGUGGAUUUUUAUUUGAUUGGUUUGGAUUGAAUGGAUUGGAUGGAUUGGAUUAGGUUCGAAGAGGAUGAGUGAAUGAAUGAAUCGGAGGGUGGGAGCGUGGGAGGAAGGGGGAAAGGGAGAGAUUAGUAAUUCCGUACUUACUCUCCGUAUAAACUUGUUAAUAAUACUUCUUUGCUGUACAUUUU